AUGGUCAUCUUCGGAAUAAACUGGAAAGCUUGUCAAAUUGCUUGCUUAAAACACAAUAAUUGUCGUACAAUAACAUUUGAUCAAGUCAAUAAUCAAUGUGAACUAUUUGUGGACAUUCCUAGUCAAUAUGGUAGCUUGAUAGUAGAUGCCGAUUUUGUGACUUUUGUUUCUGCUGAUGAUAGACAACUAUCAGGUCCUAUGGCGACGAUUAUAACAACAUCCAUAGCAACUAUAACUGCACCAAUCACCAUAACAACCUUACCAUCAAUCUCUUCACUGAUAUCAACACCUAUAAAAACUUCAACUGCCACUACAACAACAACUGCGACUACGACUACAAAAACUACAACAAGUACUUCAUCAACAUCAUCAUCAUCAUCGACGUCAACAACAACAACUACUACAGUUGAGAAACAAAAUGAUUGCAAAGUAAUUAGAAGAUAUGUACAUUUCUUAGAAAGUGUUGCUAUUUUAAUCUAA